AUGGCGGCAAAAGACACAUCGAACCCACUGGUCAUACCAGGCCGACCCAACACAUCACUCAACGUGCAGCUACAUCCCCUCACGCUGCUCACCAUUUCCGACUACAUCACUCGGCACUCGAUUCGCCAACAAGACGGCCCCGCGGUGGGUGCCAUCCUCGGGCAGCAGAAUGGCCGCGAUUACACGCUCGAGAUUGCGUUUGAGUGCAAGCUCGCGCAAGAUACCUCGGACGACGUGCUCCUGGAUGCCGAGUGGUUCAACACCCGACUAGAUAUGUACAAGGAAGUGCACAAGGAGCCUGCGCUAGACCUUGUUGCGCUCUUCGCCCUCGGCCCCGUUUCCGGUCCUCAACCGCCACAUCUUCCGCUCUUGCAGCAAGUGAAGAAUAUCACGGGGUCAGACAACGUCAUGCUGCUCCUCUUCCACCCGGAAAUGGUCGACAGCCUACAGGGCGGGAAGCUGCCCAUCAGCCUAUACGAGUCAGUCGAAGAGACGGAGAACAACGUCAGAUUCAGAGAGCUGGCAUAUGACGUCGAAACAAAUGACGCUGAGCGGAUCGGUGUGGACUUUGUGGCCAAGGGCGGUGGUAGUGCCACUGCUGUUGUAAAGACCGGCGCAGACUCAUCUCCGGGAACCUCCAAAGACGCCAAGGGAAAGCUGAAAGGAAAAGGAAAGGCCAAGGACGAAGAAAGCGAGGCGAAUGGCACACCUGCAAGCGCAUUGUCGGUGGAGGACGACGAGCUCAUAUCCUCUCUCCAAGCUAAAAUAAAUGGGAUCAAGAUGCUGAACGAGCGCAUCACUCUCCUCCGGACAUACCUGACUAGUCAGCCGGAGAGUUACCUUACCGAUGCUUCGUCGACUGUGUCACCCGCAGACGGCACCAAUUACCAGCUAUUGCGCAGUAUUAACUCUGUGCUUUCGCGCCUGCCACUUCUUACACCUCCGCACACUCAGCAGAGCCUCGACGCGCCAAACACAUCAACUCCAUUGAAGAUUGCCAGCGAAAAAGAACAGGAAGACGUUCAUCUCACAUCUCUCCUCGCCAGUCUGACGCGCUCAGUCGCGGAGGCGCAAGCCAUGGGGGGCAAGUUUAGUGUAGUGCAAAAAGAGAAGCAGAACAAGGAUCGUGGCCAAUUUCAGGGGAAUAGAGCUCGUGGUGGAUAUGGUGAUGAGUCUUCGUUCAACUACAGCAGCGGCUUCGUCGGGAACUAGCAGCGCUGGCUGAUGAAUCAGCAGGGCACAUUGUGGGGGGCAAUGUCCUACCUAGACCAACGCUUUUUGGAGAUAUCCCUGUCCUGAAAGGUGGCCAUGGCUCGCAGUAGCACGAACUACGCAAAUGGCGGAACAAGUAAUGCUGUACAUCUGGACGGAGCUGAUUGGCGUGGCAAGUCGGGCCAGACCCCUAACUACGCCUGCAGUGGUGACAGACUUGAAUGAUGAUGCCGUGCUUGCGCUCUGAUCAGCGAGGCGGAUAUAAGGGUGAAGAGACACGAUAGACACGAGACAUGACACAUGGCAUAGGCGUUCAUGCACAGCCUGCUGAAACCGCUACUGGCGUGAUUAAUAGAGAGGAAGCAUGGACUUUCUUAGACGGAAAAUGAGAUAUGAUCGGCUCCAGCAUGCCCAGGCAUGGUCUUACAGAGCACAUCCGAACGACAAACAUUAUAUUCAACUCUCCGGCUCCCUGGCCCACCAUUUUUGCACUUUUGUCCCGAAUCGUGGAUGACUAGGCGUCAGUCAAGGUUUGAGACCUACCCGUACCAAGCACCGUAUCUAUGUAUUCUUUCCACAGCAAC